AUGCCACCAACCGAAGAUAAGGGAGGCGAUGAUCUUAAAAUAAUUCUCUCGAAACCUCCACCAGACGGCUACCUCCCAUGUGAUACCAUUGUCGGCAGAAUAGUACGAUCGAGAAGCAUUCUCGCCACCGAAGCUAUCAUCACACUGUCCUUAUACGGCCGCACAAAAACAAAUAUCAAAAUAAAAGGAAAAUAUUCUCGAGACUCUCGACAACUAGUCAAAAUCGGACCAAGAGCUAUCUUCAAAGGAGCUUUGCAUUUAGCAGAGGGCAGCAAUGAACCACUUAGCUUGCCUUUCGCAGUCGGCAUCCCCCUCGAGCCCUCGACAUGCAGGACAAGUCGCAAUUGUGGAGUCAGCUUAAUUCCUUUGGAUCAGGAGCAUCCCGGUCAUCAUUUGUUUCCGGGGACAUUUGCGUCCUUAGAACCUGCUCUUAGUGAGCGGGCGAUGUGCUUCGUUGAGUACUAUAUCACUGCACAUCUCCAAUCUGUAUCUUCCCGACAUUCCGAGAGCUGUGAGGCAGUCCACAGGAUUAUAAUGCGGCACCCACCAGAUACCUUACUCGGGCAACCUAAGCUCAAGGUCUUUGAAGCCCGGGGACAUAUUCAGAGCCACCAUCUGAUGCCUGGCAAGGAGCACACGAAGCUGUCAUUCCGACAGCACAUGCAAACGUUUGUUGAAUCUUCAAAAGUGCCAGAUUUCCACUUCCGUAUUAUUCUCAAAGCACCACUUGCCAUUCAGCUGGAUAAUCCUGAGCCUUUCCAGCUCACAGUCGAGGUUCGGCCUCAGCUCGACAGAACCAGCGACAUUCUUCAAGACCAGAUGCCAAGCGUUGUAGUCUCCGAUAUUCAAAUGGUGCUCAAGCAAAACACUGUCCUUAUUGGAGAAGGCAUAUUUGGCGGAAGCGCUACACACGCCUAUUGGGAGCUGGUGGAGCUCGGGCUAAGCCAUGCCUUUAGGCAAAAGAAGUCCCCUAUAACCAUCUCGACUGCCAGUGAAGAUCCAUCGGUUAAUAUAGGCGAACCUUUUGGGCUGACCCUUCACCAGCAUGGAUUGGCUUCGAAUGGAAGAAUUCUAAUUGGCGGCAAGGACAUCUCCCCGAGUUCCUCACUUAUAACAUUGGCCGCACGUAUGAGGUUGGAUGGCAGGUAA